CACCUAACGCCUGCCCAGAUAUACCACGUAACUGUGAUGCCCUGUUAUGACAAAAAGCUGGAGGCUUCAAGGCCAGACUUCUUCAACCAAGAGUACCAAACCCGGGAUGUGGACUGUGUAAUCACCACAGGAGAAGUGCUGAAGUUGUUGGAACAAGAAGGAGUAUCUCUAUCAGAUGUCGAUCCUGCUCCAUUGGAUACCAUGUUCAGCAGCGCUGCAGAGGAGGAGCUCACUUCCCACUCAGGAGGUGGUUCUGGUGGCUACCUGGAGCACAUAUACAAGCACGCAGCCAAGGAGCUUUUUGGAAUCCAAGUGGAUACGAUUCAGUACAAACCUUUAAAAAACAAGGACUUCCAGGAGGUGACGCUGGAGAAGGAUGGAGUCGUCCUGCUCCAGUUUGCUUUGGCGUAUGGGUUUCGAAACAUUCAGAACUUGGUGCAAAAGCUGAAACGAGGGAAGUCGCCCUAUCACUACGUGGAAGUCAUGGCCUGCCCAUCAGGCUGCUUGAACGGAGGAGGUCAGCUCAAACUCGGCGGUGAAUCCAGCAAGGAGCAGCUGCAGCACGUCGAGAGGCUGUACGAGUCCCCGAGGUCCGAAAUCCCAGAGCAGAACCAGGCUGUAAAUGAACUCUACGAGCAGUGGCUGGGUGGCGCGGAGUCAGAAAAGGCUGCGAAAGCAUUGCACACACAGUACCACGCCGUGGAGAAAGCGAGCACUGGAUUCAACAUCAAAUGGUGA